GGGGUUAAUGAGGAAGCAAAGGAUCCCUAACCCCUCCUUUUUUUUUUAAGUAUAUAAAGAUGAAUCAGUUAUUAAAGAAUGUCAUUCCUAAAACAGGUCAACAAGUAACACGUUUAGGAUUUGGUAGCUAUCGUAUAUCAAAGCCUAAUCAUGCAGAAGCAUUGACAGCUGCGAUAGAAGGCGGCAUAAAUAUUAUUGAUACUGGCAAUAACUUUGAAAAUGGCUCUUCAGAAAUAUUGAUUGGGAAUACAUUGGAUUCACUUAUAAAGAAGAAAAAAAUAUCAAGAGAGUCUAUUACACUUGUCACUAAAUCGGGUUAUCUUGGUAUAAAUGACGUUAAAUCUUUUGAGAAUAAUCAAGAUGAUUAUAUACAACUAUCUGAAAAAAUGUUUCAUUCCAUCAGCCCUAGAGUAAUAGAGAGUCAAAUUCAAACAUCACUUAAAAGACUGAAAACAGAUAAAAUAGACAUCUUCAUGAUUAACUCUCCUGAAAGAAUGUUAAUGGCGAAAAAUAAAAGAUAUACUUCAUCUCGACUGUAUAAAGAUCUUUCUGAGAGUUUUCGUUAUCUUGAUAGUCUUGUUAGUCAAGGUAUCAUUAGUGGAUAUGGCGUAUGUUCAAAUACAAUGGCAUUCCCUACAGCAGCUGAUCAUGUCUCUUUAUCCAAUAUAAUCCAAUCCUGUCAAAAUCCAUCUAAUUUAGUUGCUAUUCAGGUACCCUUCAAUCUAUAUGAACGGGAAGCGAUUAUUGCUACUACCAACGAUUAUAAAGUAAAAACAGUAGCUGAAAUAGCUAAAGAGAAUGGUAUUUAUGUAAUGACAAAUAGGCCUUUAAAUGCUAUUGCGAAUGGUCAGGUUAGAGUGCUAGUCAAUCAUGAAUUAGGAAAGGAAACAGCUGAACAAAUGAUUAUGUCAAAGAUGCAAACCUCAUUUGGAAGGGUCGCUGAAUUAGAAUCUGAUAUUAUGUCAGAAUUACCAAUUGAAGAAGAAGCAUUGACGUCUAAAUUUGUUUGGGGUCAGGUUUUAUCUGAGAAUUUGGCUAGACUAGCACAGAAUCAUUUUGCUACACGACAUUAUUUAACAAACCAAGUUUUACCUGAACUUGAAAAAGAUUUAAAAGAUCUUCAAAAUUAUGCUAAAUAUCAACUAGAUGGAAGUAGUAGUGACGGAUUAUCAGCUUACGAACAAUGGAUCGAAAAAUACAAGACAUGCGUUUAUGAUUUAACAAAUUCUAUUGUAGAUUACGCAUACAUCGACACUCUUCGUAAAAAUAAUGAACUUGAUCGUAUUUUGAACGCGUUAUGUCCAAGCUUAAAUCAACUUCCUGAAGAUGGAUAUGCACACUCACCCCUUUCAAUUAAAUUAUUAAGGUUAUUAUUAUCGCAUCAUAAUCAUGUAGGUACAGUGUUUACUGGUAUGAGGGAUCCUCUCUAUGUUAAAGAUGCUUUAUUUGCUGCACAACAACGUCCAAUAGACCAAGAGGAUUUAGAUGAUAUUUGGCAAUGCCCUAUAUUUAACUAACAAUACUAUACAGAUUAAAAGUCUAUCUAUCAUUAUUAUAAAAGUAAAAUUAGACUCGUUCAUAAUAGAUUAUAAUUUGAGUGUCGAGUUUAAAAAAAUAAAAUAAAAUGCAGGGACUUUCAUAAUCAUUAAUUCAAAUUAUACAAAAACAAAUGAC